AUGAAUAACGAAUACGACUACUUGUUCAAGUUAUUAUUGAUCGGUGACUCCGGUGUCGGUAAGUCGUGUUUAUUGUUGCGUUUCGCUGACAACACCUACACGCAAGACUAUAUCUCCACGAUUGGUGUGGACUUCAAGAUCAGAACAAUUGAGCUCGACGGCAAAACCAUCAAGUUGCAGAUCUGGGAUACCGCCGGCCAGGAGCGUUUUAGAACCAUCACUUCUUCAUACUACCGUGGCGCUCACGGUAUCAUCAUUGUUUACGAUGUCACUGACCAGGAAUCUUUCAACAAUGUCAAGCAGUGGUUACAAGAGAUUGACCGUUAUGCUACCGGCGGAGUGAUGAAGUUGUUGGUUGGUAACAAGGCCGAUAUGAGCGACAAGAAGGUUGUUGAGUACACUGCUGCCAAGGAGUUUGCUGAGGCUUUGGACAUUCCUUUCUUGGAGACUUCGGCCUUGUCGUCGUCUAACGUUGAGCAAGCUUUCUACACCAUGGCCAGACAGAUCAAGGCCCAGAUGACCAGCAAUGCUGGUGCCGGUUCUGGUUCUGCCAACAACAACAAAUCCAACGUCAACUUGAGGGGCCAGUCUUUGACCAACAACCAGUCCAACCUGUGCUGUUAA